GCUGCCGGCCGCCGUCGCGGCUCCGCCCCGCGCCCAUUGCGGAAGGCGGGGCGGCUCGGGCCAAGAUGGCGCCGCGUAUCUAAGGCGCUGCGUGUCCCGCGCAGGAUUAUUGUCCAGAGGAGUUUACACCUUGCUGAAAAAGAGAUGCCUGCUGCCUGUGAUUCAGUGCUGGAAGAUAUUGAAGAUAUUGUGUCGGCACAAGACUUGAAGCCCCAUGAUUGGCGAUAUGUAAGAAAGAAUAUUUUUCCCAAAGUGCGAAAGCGCAGUUCACAGCAAAGAACUCAGACAGAUGAGGAUCCUCCUCAUGACAGUGUGAUUCCUGGUAUUCAGAAAAUCUGGAUUCGUACAUGGGGAUGUUCUCACAAUAAUUCAGAUGGUGAAUAUAUGGCGGGACAGCUAGCUGCAUAUGGAUACAAAAUUACAGAUAACUCUGCUGAAGCAGAUUUAUGGUUGCUGAACAGCUGUACAGUAAAAAAUCCAGCUGAAGACCACUUCAGAAACUCAAUCAAGAAAGCCCACGAGGCGAACAAGAAAGUGGUUCUAGCAGGCUGUGUUCCACAGGCCCAACCUCGUCAGGAUUACCUCAAAGGCUUGAGUAUUAUAGGGGUUCAGCAGAUAGAUCGUGUAGUAGAAGUUGUGGAGGAAACUAUUAAAGGUCAUUCUGUGAGACUGCUUGGUCAGAAAAAGGAUAAUGGAAAACGUUUGGGGGGAGCACGACUGGAUUUGCCAAAGAUCAGGAAGAAUCCACUUAUAGAAAUCAUUUCCAUCAAUACAGGGUGUCUCAAUGCAUGUACUUACUGCAAAACUAAGCAUGCCAGAGGAGAUCUAGCAAGCUAUCCCAUUGAAGAGCUAGUGGAUAGAGCCAAACAGUCUUUUCAAGAGGGUGUUUGUGAGAUAUGGCUGACCAGUGAAGACACAGGGGCUUAUGGCAGAGACAUUGGCACAGACCUCCCUACUCUUCUGUGGAAGCUGGUCGAAGCUAUUCCUGAGGGAGCUAUGCUGAGGCUUGGCAUGACAAAUCCUCCCUAUAUUUUAGAGCAUCUGGAGGAAAUGGCAAAGAUUCUCAAUCAUCCAAGAGUGUAUGCUUUUCUGCACAUACCAGUCCAGUCAGCCUCUGACAGUGUGCUCAUGGACAUGAAAAGGGAAUACUGCGUGGCAGACUUCAGACGAGUAGUGGAUUUCCUUAAAGAAAAAGUGCCUGGAAUAACAAUUGCUACAGACAUCAUCUGUGGUUUUCCAGGAGAGACAGAUGAAGAUUUUCAAGAAACUAUGAAACUUGUAGAACAGUAUAAGUUUCCAAGCUUAUUUAUUAAUCAAUUCUACCCACGCCCAGGAACUCCUGCUGCAAAAAUGCAUCAAGUUCCAGCUGCGGUGAAAAAACAAAGAACAAAGGAUCUGUCCCAGCUGUUUCAUUCAUACAAUCCAUAUGAUCAUAAGGGGUAAGAAGGCAAGAUCACU